AUAAACUUCUUUCUGCGUGGACGGUCACACAAACAGAGCUCUACGCUUUGCUUGCUCUCUCUCUCUCUCAUGGCGGCUUUGAGAGGAAUAUCUCAAAACCUGCACAGAUAUAUCUCUCAUCCAAACCCUAACAGUUCUCCGGCUCAGCUCAUCUUCUUCAGAGGAAUUGCUUCCAAGCUUUUCGUCAAAGGUAUAUCCUUCUCCACCACAGAAGAGACAUUAGCCGAAGCGUUUUCAAAAUUUGGUGAAGUUAUUGAAGCUAACAUAAUCAUGGAUAAAGUCAGAAACAGAUCAAAAGGUUUUGGGUAUGUGACUUUUGCUAAAGAGGAUGAAGCCCAGAAGGCGUUGAUGGACAUGAAUGGGAAGUUGCUAGAUGGACGUGUCGUUUUUGUGGACAAUGCAAGGCCCAUUAGGCAUUUCAAUCAUGAUAUGCCAAUAGCAAGAGGACCCCCGGAGCCAGCAGCUGAUAGCUGAUUCUAACCUUUCAAGCAAUAAUUGUGAAAGGCUGCGUGAAUGAUUUAGAUAUUUGUUUUUUUAGCUUGUGUACUUUUUUCUUGCUUCAAUACGCCGGAUAUCCCUUUUCAAUACCAACUCUUUCCAUUGAGUUUCUAUUUACCAUUUGAAUGACAAAACCAUUGUAUAGAGUUGAAUGAUUGAGUUGUUAGGACAAUGAGUUUGCAAGUCAGGAGUGUUUCCAAGUGGAUAAUAGCCCUCUGCGCUUCCUGCCAAUUACUAUCUAAGUUUUGCUCUUUAUUAGGGUUCUUUGCAUCCAA